AUGACCUUUGUAAUCAACCAGGGGAUGGCUAUGUACUGGGGUACAUCCCGGUGGACCUCCAUGGAGAUCAUGGAGGCAUACUCUGUGGCCCGGCAGUUCAACCAGAUCCCUCCCAUCUGCGAGCAGGCAGAGUACCACAUGUUCCAAAGGGAGAAGGUUGAAGUGCAGCUACCUGACCUCUUCCACAAAAUAGGCAUUGGGGCUAUGACAUGGUCUCCGCUGGCAUGUGGCGUCAUCUCAGGGAAAUACGACAGCGGAAUCCCCCCCUAUACACGAGCAUCACUUAAGGGCUACCAGUGGAUAAAGGAGAAGAUCCUGAGCGAGGAGGGGCACCGCCAGCAGGUGAAGCUGAAAGAGCUGCAGACUGUUUGUGAGCGGCUGGACUGCACUCUCUCCCAGCUGGCUAUUGCCUGGUGCCUGAGAAAUGAAGGGGUGAACUCCGUGCUACUUGGAGCCUCAAGAACUGACCAGCUGGUUGAGAACAUCAAAGCGAUACAGAUUCUUCCCAAGCUGUCGCUGGCGAUUGCAGCUGAGAUCGACUGCAUCCUGAGAAACAAGCCCCAUUGUAAAAAGGACUUCAGGUCUUAA